AUGGAACAUAAUCUCAACUUUUGGGAUAAGUUGGAUGCCUUUCUUGGCUGGUUUUCCAUCGUUGGAGCCAUAAUAUAUGCUACUAUCGCAGGCCCGUUCCGCGGCGCUUCAGGGGCAGAUAGCUAUCACCAUCAUAUAAUCCAGGCGACGGUCAAGAAGUUGCAAUAUCUUUUCAAAUCAUACGACCAAAUCUACAUGGGACACUGCUUAAAAAAUGGAAUCGAACCACAUUUCAUCUCAACAGAGCGAGGGUUGAAGGGGUUCUGGAUCGGACGUCCUUCUUCCGCUAAAUACAUAUUCAUUAAUUUUCACGGCGGAGGCUUCGCCAUAGAUGCGACAGAACCGUAUCUUGAUUUCUGGCCGAAAAUCCAGAACACUCUCGUUGAAGCUGGUGUCGAGACUGCCUGGCUCCAUUGUACAUACACGCUCACCCCACAUGCGACGUAUCCGACUCAAUGUUGUGAAGCGGUGGAAGCUUUGCGAUAUGUCUUGGAAGACGUCGGCCGAUCACCUGGGGAAGUACUGCUUGUUGGUGACUCUGCCGGUGCGAACCUUUGCUUAGCGGUCCUAUCACACUUGACGCAUCCUUCAACGGACAUGCCUGGACUGGCCAUUCAAGGGCCUAUCAAAGGCGCCAUCCUUUUAUCCCCUUGGGUAUCCUUCAGUCAUAGGUGGCCCAGUGUCGAACUCAACGAACACAAAGAUAUCGACACGCGUGAGGUCACAGCGAGGUGGUCCCUGGAGUACCUUAAUGGAAGGUUAUCGAACAACUAUAUCGAAGCAGUCGAGGCACCGGAAGAAUGGUGGAACGACACGCAGGUUCAGCAGACGCUGGUACUUGCCGGGGCGGAUGAGGUUCUGGUCGACCCGAUUAAAAUCUGGAUGACCAAAUAUAGAAAAUCAAACCCCGACACGACUCUGGUGAUCGGAGAACAGGAGUGUCAUGUUGCGCCGCUUGUCUGGCCCAUGUUCGGUGACCCGCGGGAGACUCAACAGGAGCACGCAUUGAAACAUUGGUUACUUGAACGGUUGACUUAA